AUGGCACUUACUUUGCACAAGGACUCGGCCAACAACCAGAUGGAUUCAAGCAAGUAUGUCAGGUACACACCUGAGCAGGUUGAGGCUUUGGAGAGGGUCUAUGCCGAAUGUCCCAAACCAAGUUCUUUGCGGAGGCAGCAACUCAUCAGAGAGUGCCCCAUCCUUUCCAAUAUCGAACCCAAACAAAUCAAAGUUUGGUUUCAGAAUAGAAGGUGUCGUGAGAAGCAGAGGAAGGAGGCUUCUCGGCUGCAGACAGUGAACAGAAAGCUGACUGCGAUGAACAAACUGUUAAUGGAAGAGAAUGACCGUUUGCAGAAGCAGGUUUCUCAUCUGGUUUACGAGAAUGGAUAUAUGAAGCAACAGAUACAGACUGCCUCUGCGGGCACCACCACAGACAAUAGCUGUGAGUCUGUGGUAAUGAGUGGUCAGAAUCAACAGCAAAACCCAACACCUCAGCAUCCCAAUAGGGAUGCCAACAACCCAGCUGGUCUUCUCGCCAUAGCUGAGGAGACCCUGGCAGAGUUCCUUUCCAAGGCUACUGGAACUGCUGUCGACUGGGUCCAGAUGAUUGGGAUGAAGCCUGGUCCGGAUUCGAUUGGAAUCGUUGCUGUUUCCCGCAACUGUAGUGGUGUGGCAGCACGAGCCUGCGGCCUUGUGAGUCUAGAGCCCACUAAGGUUGCUGAGAUUCUGAAAGAUCGACAGUCGUGGUAUCGUGACUGCCGAUGCGUGGAAGUAUUGAGUAUAGUUCCCACAGGGAAUGGGGGUACCAUAGAGCUCAUGUACAUGCAGACAUAUGCGCCCACAACAUUGGCAGCGGCGCGGGACUUUUGGACACUGAGAUACACGACAAGUUUGGAAGAUGGAAGCCUUGUGAUAUGUGAGAGAUCAUUGACAUCCUCAACUGGUGGUCCCACAGGGCCUCCUUCAACAACCUUUGUUAGAGCUGAAAUGCUUCCCAGUGGUUAUCUGAUUAGACCGUGUGAGGGUGGUGGAUCCAUUAUUCACAUAGUUGAUCAUAUUGAUUUAGAUGUAUGGAGUGUUCCAGAAGUACUGAGGCCCCUCUAUGAAUCAUCAAAAAUCUUAGCUCAGAAAUUGACCAUUGCUGCCUUGCAACAUAUACGACAGAUAGCACAAGAAUCGAGUGGAGAAAUUCAAUAUGGUGGGGGGCGCCAGCCUGCUGUAUUGAGAACAUUUAGUCAGAGACUUUGCAGGGGAUUUAAUGAUGCGGUGAAUGGGUUUGUUGAUGACGGUUGGUCGCUGAUGGGUACUGAUGGGGUGGAAGAUGUGACUAUAGCUGUAAACUCUUCUCCAAACAAAUUUUUGGGGUCCAAUUAUAAUGCUUCCAUGUUUCCAGCCUUUGGAGGUGGGGUCUUGUGUGCCAAGGCAUCGAUGCUCUUGCAGAAUGUUCCACCUGCUUUGCUUGUUCGUUUUUUGAGAGAGCAUCGAUCAGAAUGGGCUGAUUACGGGGUUGAUGCGUACUCUGCUGCAUGCCUUAAAGCUAGUCCCUAUGCAGUUCCCUGUGCAAGACCGGGUGGCUUCCCGAGCAGCCAGGUCAUUUUACCUCUUGCUCAUACUAUUGAGCAUGAAGAGUUCCUGGAGGUGGUUCGCAUAGAGGGUCAUGCAUUUUCUCCUGAGGAUGUCACGUUGGCACGUGAUAUGUAUCUAUUGCAGCUAUGCAGUGGAGUUGAUGAAAAUGCAAUUGGGGCAUGUGCUCAACUUGUUUUUGCACCUAUUGACGAGUCGUUUGCAGAUGAUGCUCUGUUGCUGCCAUCUGGUUUUCGUGUCAUUCCAUUAGAUCCUAAAUCAGAUGGUCCAGCUGCAACUCGAACACUGGAUUUGGCAUCAACAAUGGAAGUAGGAUCUGCUAAUGCUCGGCCCGCCGGUGAAGCUGAUUUGAAUGGAUACAACCUUCGGUCGGUCCUUACUAUUGCUUUCCAAUUUACCUUCGAAAAUCAUACGCGCGACAAUGUUGCUGCAAUGGCUCGGCAGUAUGUGCGUAGUGUUGUUGGAUCUGUUCAGAGAGUUGCCAUGGCAAUUGCUCCUUCCAGGCUUAGUACCCAACUUGGGCCAAAGUCACUUCCUGGUUCCCCUGAGGCCCUUACCUUAGCACGAUGGAUCAGUAGAAGCUACAGGAUCCACACUGGCACAGAGCUUUUUAGAGCCGAGUCCACUGCAGGUGAUGCAAUCUUGAAGCAACUUUGGCACCAUUCCGAUGCAAUCAUGUGCUGUUCUGUGAAAACAAAUGCAUCUCCAGUGUUCACCUUUGCUAAUCAAGCUGGGUUAGACAUGCUUGAAACUACUCUUGUCGCACUUCAAGACAUAAUGCUUGAUAAAGUGCUAGAUGAAUCUGGCAGGAAGAUUCUUUGCUCUGAGUUCUCCAAGAUAAUGCAACAGGGAUUUGCUUAUCUACCAGCUGGAAUAUGUGUAUCGAGUAUGAAUCGGCCAGUGUCUUAUGAGCAGGCCAUUGCAUGGAAAGUCCUGAAUGACGAUGAUUCUAAUCACUGCCUAGCCUUCAUGUUUAUGAGUUGGUCUUUUGUAUGAUGGACGAACCAUAUAGACUCUACUUAUUUUAUGUACUAAUUUAUAUUCAGUACUUAAUUACCAUAUGGUAUUAUCAUAUACCAAUGUUGUAAUGUAAGCCAUACUUUAUGUCAGGUGUAUGGUUUUUUAUUGCAAUAUAAACGUUCUACUUAAUGUGGUGAAUAUAGACUCUACUUAUUUUAUGUACUAAUUUAUAUUCAGUACUUAAUUACCAUAUGGUAUUAUCAUAUACCAAUGUUGUAAUGUAAGCCAUACUUUAUGUCAGGUGUAUGGUUUUUUAUUGCAAUAUAAACGUUCUACUUAAUGUGGUGAAUAUUUUCUUCUCA